AUGUUUAGAGGCCUGCAACGCGUUCUCAGACCAGCCUCGUCGGGCUUCGUCGUCAAUGGCGGCUUCUUCUCCUCCUUGGCCGCCGACUCUCAGAGGUUCGACUCGGUUCGGUUUGCUGGAAAGGUAGCGGUGAUCACCGGUGGCGCGAGCGGCAUCGGGAAGGCGACGGCCGCCGAGUUCGUCAGGAACGGGGCCAGGGUCAUCAUCGCCGACGUCCAGGAUGACCUCGGCCGCGCCGUCGCGGCGGAGCUGGGCCCCGACGCCGCGCGCUACGCCCGCUGUGACGUCACCGACGAGACGCAGGUCGCCGCGGCCGUCGACCUCGCCGUCCAGCUCCACGGCCGCCUCGACGUGAUGUUCAACAACGCGGGCAUCGGCGGCGACAUGGCGGCGUCCUCGCUGGGUGCCAUCGACCUGGCAGACUUCGACCGCGUCAUGGCCGUCAACGCGCGGGGCGUGCUGGCCGGCGUGAAGCACGCUGCGCGCGUCAUGGUCCCGCGCCGCGCCGGCAGCAUCAUCUGCACCGCCAGCACCGCCUCCGUGCUGGGCAGCCUGGCAACGCCAGCGUACAGCGCAUCCAAGGCAGCGGUCCUCGGCCUCGUCCGCGCCGUGGCCGCGGAGGUGGCGCGCUCCGGGGUACGCGUCAACGCCAUCUCCCCGCACGCCAUCCCGACGCCGCUGGCGAUGGCUACCAUGGCGCAGUGGUUCCCUGAUAGGAGCGUCGAGGAGCAUCGGCGGAUCCUCGAAAGGGACAUGCACGAGAUGGUCGGGCCCGUGCUGGAGGCGGAGGACAUUGCCAGGGCAGCGCUCUACCUGGCGUCCGACGAGGCCAAGUACGUGAACGGACACAAUCUGGUCGUCGACGGCGGGUACACGGUGGUCAAAGCGCCCAACAUGCCAGCGCCUGCAGCACGUUGA